AUGGGAGCUUUCUUCUUCUUGCUUGAAGAACCAGAAACCUUCUUCUCCAAACUUUUGAUCUUGCUCACCAUCUUGUCCAUGGACUUUUGCAUCUUCUCAAUGGCUUUCCCUUGCCAUUUGUUGAACUUUUGGAGAAGUCCAAUCCUCUUGUGGCAGCCACAACAGAGGGGUUCAUCCUUGGAGCCUCAUACUCCUCAAAGUAAUAGCACUCAGGCUCACCCAAAUCCGCACUCUCCUGGACUGAUCCUCAGCUCGACUCAGCUCGAUCCUCAGCUCGAUCGAGCUCAGGCUCCUCUUCUCGCAAAUCAUCCUCAUGCCCAACUAAUGUGUACACAGGGGGUUGGUCUUGCAAAACUUGAUGUCCAUCCAACCUGGUUCAGUGGCUCUCUAUCAGUUGGGUUCACUCCAGCAGCACACAAGAUAGGUGUGAUGAGCCCUCCAACACUUAGCGCCUUCCUCGUUGAUGUCUAG